AUGGGUUGCUGUUCAUCGAAGGAGAAGCAGCCACCGAAGCAGGCGGCUCCCGCAGCUACCGCCGAGAAGGUGAAGGUGGAAACGGCGCCCAAGGAGGAGGUAAAGGUCGAGGUCCAACCGACGCAACAGUUAAGUGCGGAGGAGCAGCGGCUGGAAAGGGUGAAGGCAUUGAAGAGCGCCCUCUUCAGGUACGAGAAGUGUACCGUUAAUGGCGUGAUCACAUCCUUCUUCCCUCCCAAGGGCAUGUGCUUCCGCAUCGUCCGCGACGACACGUGGUACGUGUACAACGACACCCUGAACUACGAGAUGCACGUGAACUUCCUCUUCGCCCCCGGCUCAGCCAUCACACCCUCCAGCCGCGCGAAGGUGGCAACGUCCGCGAAUGGAUGGGCUGUUGUUUCCGCCGUGGUGUAUCCGUUGGAGACCGUCGAGUUGGUUUCGGGUGAGAUGGGGGUGCACAAGACAGAUGUCUCCGCCCACCCACUCUCGGAGGAGUACUACCGCAAGGUGGAGGUCCUCACUCGUGCGGCCGCCGACCAGAUUUUGAAGGUGAAGGAAUUGGCACGUGGCUCCACCGACGAGGAGGUGACACUGCGACGCUGCAUCGAGAGCAACACGCCCUUCGUUGAUCUGUCUUUUGAGCCGUGCGCGGNGCUCCACCGACGAGGAGGUGACACUGCGACGCUGCAUCGAGAGCAACACGCCCUUCGUUGA